UCUUUCCUUUAACUAAACCCCAAAGACCAAACAAAAAAGCCUAAAUAAUAUGAGCCAAGCCUUGAAAAGCGACUUCCAAAUCUGCGAAGAAAUCGGCCGUGGUAGAUUCGGUACCGUCUACCGCUGCUUUUCUCCGGUCACCGGUCAUUCCUUCGCCUGUAAAUCCAUCGAAAAAUCCCUCCUCCUCGAUUCCACCGACCGUGAGUGCCUCGACAAAGAGCCCAAGAUUCUGCAGCUCCUUUCCGGUAGCCCAAACAUUCUUCACCUCUACAAAAUCUACGAAGAUGAAAACUUCCUUCACAUGGUAACCGACCUCUGCCCGAACAACGAUCUUUACGAGAGAGUUUCCACCGGGCCGUUAUCCGAACGCGCCGCCGCUAGCAUUCUGGUCCAAUUAAUUUCCGCCAUUAAUCACUGUCACAAAAUGGGGGUGGCUCACCGCGAUAUUAAGCCGGAUAAUAUCCUUUUUGAUUCUCAGGACAGGUUGAAAUUGGCUGAUUUUGGAUCUGCGGAGUGGUUUGUCGGGUGUGAGGAGGGGUUGAUGAGUGGGGUGGUGGGUACGCCGUAUUACGUGGCGCCGGAGGUUUUAAUGGGUAAAGAAUACAAUGAGAAAGUGGAUGUGUGGAGCGCCGGUGUUAUUUUGUAUAUUAUGCUUUCUGGGGUUCCACCUUUUUACGGCGAAACUCCGACUGAGACAUUUCAGGCUGUUUUAAGGGCAAAUUUGAGAUUUCCCACUAGGAAUUUUAGGUCGGUUUCGCCUGAAGCUAAGGAUUUGUUGAGGAAGAUGAUCUGUAAGGAUGUUUCUAGAAGGUUUUCAGCUGAACAAGUCCUGAGACACCCAUGGGUAAUUAAUGGAGGAUCAAUGGCUGAUUAAUAGUGUUUUAUUAACUAUCCUAUAAAUACUAGCAGAACAGAACUUGUUUGCUUCUGCUGUAUAUAUACCAGAAAAUGUCACCAGCUCCAAAUGUUUGAAGAUUGAAAUGGCCUAUGUGAAAAAGGAAGAGAAUGAGGAAAAAGAAAAAUAUAGAAGGGGCUACUCGAGGUGUAGCUUUUUUCUCUAUGGUACUGUAUUGUGGAGAAGAAUCUUGUGAGGAUAAUGAAUCUCCUAUGUAUUGUGAGAAAAAAAAAAAAAAGAUAGCGGCUAUGUAAAAAUCUAUAUGCUUUUUCCCACUUUUAUAUGUUUUUUGAAUAUGAAAGGUUGAGGAAGAGAAGGAAGGAUAAGUGCUUAUCCUUCAGUUUUGUAUAGAGGAGCACUAUGUAAUAAAGUUUGCUACUUUUAUAAUACUAUGGAUUUUUAUGAUAUUUUCUAUGAUA